UAUUUAAAGCUCUUACAACUUUAUUAUUCAUAAUUUCAUAUCGUGUUUGUGGACUCGCGGGCGGUGAUUAUUCACGACUACUCCCAUCUCUCUCUCUCCGCGCUAAGAUGAGCAAGGGACCGGGAUUCUUCUCGGACAUUGGCAAGAAAGCCAAAGAUCUUCUAACCAAGGACUACAACUCCGAUCAGAAAUUCACUGUCUCCACCUACAGCGAUGCCGGAGUGGCGCUCACAUCAACGGCAGUAAAGAAAGGAGGACUGUCGACCGGGGAUGUGGCUUCACAGUUCAAGUUCAGGAAUGCAGUUGUUGAUGUCAAAGUUGAUACAGAAUCAAAUAUUUCAACAACUCUUACCCUCACUGAGAUUCUGCCAUCUACAAAGACUAUUGCUUCAUUUAAACUGCCUGAUUAUAACUCUGGCAAGUUGGAGGUGCAAUACUUCCACAACCAUGCAACCUUCACAACUGCUUUUGGCUUGAACCAAUCCCCUUUCAUUGAUGUUUCAACCACCAUUGGUACCCCAAGCAUUGCUUUUGGUGCAGAGGCAGGUUAUGAUGCUACCUCUGGUAAUUUUACAAAGUACACCGCUGGCAUUAGCAUGACAAAACCAGAUUCAUCUGCUGCAAUAAUAUUGGGUGACAAGGGAGACACUAUGAGAGCAUCAUAUGUGCAUCACCUGGAUCAAUAUAACAAGAGUGCUGCUGCUGGAGAGAUCACAAGAAGGUUCUCUACUAAUGAAAACACUUUCACAGUUGGAGGGUCAUACGCGGUUGAUCACCUGACAGUAGUGAAAGCAAAGCUCAACAACCAUGGGAGACUCGGGGCUCUUUUACAACAUGAGGUCAUACCCAAGUCAGUGCUGACAAUAUCUGGUGAAGUCGAUACCAAAAACUUAGAUAAAAAUCCCCGGUUUGGGUUGGCUAUUGCUCUGAAGCCCUGAUGGUUUCGUGCCAUUUGCUGACGCAAUGUUGGAACAUAUAAUUUUUUCAAUAUUUUUUUUGGGGAGUGGCGCAUAAGGAAGAGCAGAAUAAUAAGUUCCGUGGAUAAUAUAGUUGUUUCAGAUUCUCCAUCAUUGUGGAUCAAUUGUUUUGGAGUGGGGCUACUAUGCCGUCUCAUUGGAUGUACUGUUUAACAUUUUUUUUUCAUAUUUUUUUAAUAUAUUUAAAUAUUUUUAAAAAA